UUUUAAAUGGGUUUGUUUUUCUAGGUAGGCAAAAAGGUUUAAAGUGAUAAAAGAAAGGGAGUGAAAUUCAUAGAGCUCUUGGUCUUUCAGUUUCCAAACAGAAUCAGGAUGUGUAGUAGGUGUCGAGAUCUUAAUAAAGGAUGGAGUUCCAACCAUCGGAUGUGUCCUGACAAUCUGAUUGCCCAUGGAGUCAUUUGUCUUUCUGCUCUUACUGCACUCCCUGUCUGAGUAGACUGUCAAACUCCUGGCUGUUAUGCUGUUACAUGACACGAAUUGCAUAUGGUUAGAUAUUAAGCUGAGCUGGGAAUGAUCAGGGUCUGGAUGGAUGCCAGAGAAGGCUGUGAAAGCCACAAGGGGCGGUGACUUGGGGCAGUGAUCCAUUCUUAGAUCAGCAAGUAACAACCUGCUCCUAGCACUCCAGCUGUUGACCUGUGUUUCCCAAGGUGGGAAAGCGAAAGCUAACUCAGCUCUACUCCCUGGAGGCACCAUGGCUGCCAUGAACCCAGCCCUGCGGCGCCAGCGUGGGGUUGUUUGUUCGAGCUGCCAGGGCCCCUAUAAGAUCCCGGUGACCUUUAAAGGAUGCAAGCACAAGUUCUGCCGCUUCUGUGUCACCCCCUUCAAGGGGGAGUCGGGCACAGCCACUUCCUGCCCCCUGUGCCACAAGACCCCCAGGCACGGAGACGACAAGCCCCAGGGGCAGCCAGGCAGCAGGGCAGAUGAAGCUGAAAAAAUCAGUCUGGAAGUGAGCGAAGAGCCUGAGGUGGAGCGGGAGUGCCGGGAACACCAGGCGGUUCUGGACUUGUUCUGUGCAGAGGAUCAAGCCCUCAUCUGCAUGAGCUGCAGGGACUCCCAGGCUCACCGCACUCACACUGUGGUUCCCCUUGAGGAGGCUGCCCAGGAGUACAAGAGGAAGCUGCAUACAGCAGUGGAGCUCCUGAAAAAGCAGACGGAGGAAGCUUGGGAGCUGAAAUACCAUGAGGGAAAGAAGACAGCUAACUGGAAGGAGAAGACGCACUAUCAGAGAAUGUGCAUCGAGACCGAAUUUGAGAAGCUGCACGAAUUCCUGAACGAGGAAGAGGAGCGGCUGUUGCGGAAACUUAGGAAGGAGGAGAGGGAGACCCUGAAGCAGCUACAUGGGAAUAUAAUAAAGCUCUCAGAACAAUGCUCAUCUCUGCAGAAGCUGAUCAUGGAGAUAGAGGAGAAGUGUCAGCAACCGGCUGCUGUGUUGCUGAAGGAUGUGAAAGACACAUUGACCAGGAGUGAAAAUAUUCAAGUGCAGGAACCUGAAGCUGUGUUUACUGAACUGAAGAAUGUAUACAACAUUCCUAGCAUUGAUAUUAUUGACAUUCUAAGGAAAUUCAAAGUGGAUGUGACUCUCGACCCAGACACAGCUCACCCCAACCUCGUCCUGUCUGAGGACAGGAGAAGCGUGACACACAGAGGCAUGCGACAGGAGCUGCCCAACAAUCCUGAGCGAUUUGAUCCUUAUAUCAUGGUGUUGGGCUCCAGGAGGUUCACGUCAGGGAGGUGUUACUGGGAGGUGGAGGUGGGAGACAAGGUGGAGUGGGACAUAGGGGUGUGCAGAGAAUAUGUGGGCAGGAAGGGGCAGGUGAUAUUGUCUCCUAGCAAUGGAUUCUGGAGAGUUUGGUUGAGGAAUGGAGAUAAGUACAAGGCUCUGAUCUCUCACCCAACCCCCCUCACUGUCAGUGUGCGGCCCAGCCGGGUGGGGAUUUUCCUAGACUACAAGGCAGGCAAGAUCUCGUUUUACAACGUGACAAACAGGACCCAUCUGUAUUCAUACAGCGGAGCCUUCUAUGGAGUUCUACGGCCUUUCUUCAGCCCCGGCCUCCAUCGGGGAGGUGAAAACAUUGCUCCACUGACAAUCAACUCAAAGCCUCUGGGCUAGCUUCAAUAGGAAUCAAAGACACACACAUGGAAGGAGCACCAAGUCAAAAAACUCCUCCCUCCACCAAUACCUCCCCCCACUCACACUCUCCCCUCCUGAUGGGGCUCUGAUCUGGCUCCAUGGGGAAGCGGCCAUUGUGGUGGUGAGGAAUUCAGAAGUAGAUUUGGUCCCAUGUGGCAGGAGAUGGUGAAGUGGGAUACAGAUUAUGUUGAUUGUCCAAGGGAUUUCUAGGGGAGGAAAGAAGCUGUGAAAAAAUAUGUAGCAAAAUGACAACUCAUUUGGCUAACUUUUAGAAAAACUGACUAAUCAAAAAAAAACCAACCAAAAAAAAAAACAACCCAAGAAAAGUUGGUGACAAUUUUACCCUCUUUUUUUAAAUCACAAGUUUUAUUAAGUAUUUUUCACCAAAAUGUUGACAUUUGAAGCAGUUUUGACGAGCCCCAUACGUGGUUGAAAAACACAGGCUGUGGGGAAUUCAGAAAAAUGUUGUCAAAUUCCCCCCUUUUUUUCCUUAAAUCAAACAUUUGAAUUUUUCAUUGCAGUUUCAAAAGUGGCUCUCCUGAUCAAUGAUUUCUGGGGUGCCUUGUUUUUUUUAAUGCCCAACCAGAAAUGCCUUAAAGCAGCCACACUGUUUUCAGUGGGAUGCUAGCUGAGCAGCCCCUUUCCUGGUGUCUGAAUUGGGGCACUCAAAAUCAAAGGUACUGAAAUUUUAGGCACUGAUCCUGCAAACACUUAAGCACAUGCUUAACUUUGUGCAAGUAGGUAAUGACAUUAGUGAGUCCUGCAGGUAACUUCAAUGGGACUGCUUACAUGUGCAGAGUUAAAAAUCAUGCAGUUGUAGAGACAGGGACUUAGGGCACUAAAAUUGAAUGAUAAGAUAAUGACAGUGAAUGAUGCUAGGAACACAGGGGAAAUGCCACACAAUGAACCCUGAAAUGAUUAUUUUUCUUGAUUCUGCUGCUGA